CGCGAAGGCUUUCAAGUAUCGUUUUGUAUUUGAGAUGAACACUCUAAAAGCAAUCGCAUUGACCUGGGACUCCAACGUCGUGAGGAUCAGAUGUCCCUAUUCGUGUCCCAAAGGAAUUCACUCUCACGGAUUUACAAACCCCGAGUCUAAGAUCAUCAAAUUUUGUUUCCAUUCGAGGAAGAUCCUGAGACCGAGGGCAUGUGGUGGGAGCUCGAGCAUCGCAAGAAGAGAUGGAGAACCGUUAGCGGGAAAACGUACGAUCCUGAGGAUUGGGCGUCUUGUGACGAUACGGAGCCGCAAUCCGAUGAUGAUGCCUCGAACGCAUUAGGGACCCAAACGGCCGAGGAAGAUGAGACGGGGAUCGAGAACACUUUCUCAGGUCUUAUAGUUCAUGAUACACAAGCACGAAUUGAGCAAGGCGUGCAAUACGAAUCGCAAGCCCAACUGCCACUGAAGAUGCCACGAAUCUUGGGUCGGCGCUCCGAGAGAAUCCUCCUCUGUUUUUCAAACUUCUUUAAGAAUGCACAUAAAUUAUUGCUCGAGGCAGCAGAUGCCGCAUACCUUGCCAAUAUCAAGGGAGUUCCUGACGACAAGCCAUUAUUACUCGCUGUCGUAGAAGAAGGUCACAAGGAUGUAGUUGAGCUUCUGAUCGAUCACGAAGCCGAAUUGGAAUCUAGAGACCGUGAUGGCAAUACUACCUUACUGAGAGCACUUAACUAUGGCCGCGGAAUCCUAGCAGAGAUACUGGUCGCCGCUGGGGCUAACAUAAGCGUGUCUAAUAACGAUGGCAAGACUGUUUGCGAUACGGCACAAGCUUCGUUCGAACUCCAGAAGGAGAGCAUUAGGAUUGAAAAGAUGAUAAUUCAUCCUCGCGAGCCGCCUUUAGUCCGCGUCGGGAUUAACAAAGACCGGGUCCAGAAGAAUAUCCAUACACGAAGAGAAAGAUUCGCGCGCUCCAGCGAAUAA